UUUAGUCAACUCGAUCAUGCCGUUGCUUGACUUUCACUUGCUAUAUUCGAUACAGUGCAAAGCCAUCACUCAAAGAGAUUCCAUUCCUAUUUCCCUUGAAAUUUCUGCGCUAGAUCUUGUUUACUUCCACCACAUAUAUCGCUCCACCGCGAGUAGAUUUUCCAGAAUGGCGGAGAGCAGCGACGCCGGAAGAUGUGGCAAGUGUUGCUGCAGCUUCAUAUUCACCUCAGGCUUAACAGCUCUCUUCAUGUGGCUGAGUCUACGUACCUCAAAGCCCACUUGCUCCGUACAGCAAUUUUUUGUUCCUGCACUCAACAAAACCGACAAUUCCACUGCCGCCAGGAACAACCACACCAUUUUCUUUGACAUCAAGCUUGAUAAUGGGAUGAAAGACAAAGGCGUACACUAUGAUCCCAUAAAUUUCACCUUUUUUUAUGAUCAAAAUUAUAGCUUUCCUAUAGCCACCUACACAGUGCCAGGGUUCUACCAGGGUCACGGUAAGCACACCAGCCGGAAAGCGCUGGUGGAGGCUAACGGAGUGCCAUGGGUGGCAGCUUUUGAGGCUGUUUCAAAUGGGUCCCCGGUGUCUUUUCGAGCGGGAUUGGCUACUAGAGUGAAGUUCAAGAUCUUGUCUUUUUAUACAAAGAAACACAAUCUGAUUGUGAAGGGGGAAAUACCGGUGGACGACUCCGGUAAGAAAAAGAAUAAGAAGGGUAUUAAACUCAAGUCCAACGCACCCCAUCAGAGGAGCCAUAGGCUGAGACUGGAAUUUGGGGUGGUUAUUUUCACUUUCUUCUUAAUCUUUUUGCUAUAAAUCUUAUAUUUUGUUUGGUUAAUUCAUGGCUAGAAUCUUCUAUGAUUUGAGGUUCUUUGAAAUAGUUGUGUCUUUGUUAGAUA